CUAAAACAUAAUUCAUAUACACACAUAUUUUUUCUUCAAUUGUGGCCAUUAUCAUGACGAGAAAGAGGCUAAACCUAUCUUACAUUGAAAAUGAUCCAAUGAGGAGAGCAACGUUCAAUAAGAGAAAGAAAGGAUUCUUGAAAAAGAUCCACGAGCUUUCCGUACUCUGCGGAAUCGAAGCAUGUGCUGUGGUUUACAGUCCAUCCAACUCAACCCCGGAGGCCUGGCCAUCGAACGUGGGAGUAAAGAACGUCGUGGAGAAGUUCCAGAUGCUGACAGAUAUGGAGCAAGAGAAGAAAAUGGUGAACCACGAAGGCUUUCUCAAACAAAACAUAUCAAAAGCCAUGGGGAAUAACAAGAGAAAGAUGAAGGACAAUGCGGAGAGGAUGAUGAAAGAGGCCAUGUUCGAGCUUCUUGGUGGGAAGGAAGAUAGAUUUAAGCUGACUAACAGACACCGUGAAGAUUUGUGUAAGUACAUUGAUCAAUAUCUUAAAGAACUUCAUCACCACAAAAACAAAAUCCUAAGGCAAUCCCAUGUUGGAUAUGGUGAAUCAUCCGAAGCUGCUACAAAUGUCAUGGCACCAACAUCUUCAGGUGAAGUGAAUUCUCAAUUCUUUCCAACUCUCAAUGUUUCCAACUCUCCAAGCCAGAUACCAGAGGAGGUUAAUGCUUUUCCCGGUAACAAUUUUUCUGCUGCUGCUGACCAACAAGAUUACUAUCCAGUGAUGAAUCCAGCUGUUGGUUUUUAUGAUCAUAAUGCAAAUGUUAACCAUCUUGGUCAUAAUCAAUAUCAACAAGAGGAUGUAUAUCGUCCAAGUGUGCAUCAAGAUGGAAUUGACAAUCCGAGUCAAAAUCAGAAUCAGCAAGAAGAAUGGUUGGUCUCAGAUGAUGACCUCUCCUGAACAAAUGAGUUUUCCUGUGAUGGAUUACAUCAACUGUUACUCCCGGCCGGCAACCCUAGAUUAUGCAUUGUCUUCGUAUUUCAUAAAAUAAGAGUUAUUAUGUUAUUCCAUUCUUGGAGAAUUUAUGACUCCCUUUGUUUCAUGUUUUCUAGAAUUUUAAUUUUGUUUUCACAAAAAAAAAAAAAAAUAUAAAAAAAACCCUAUUGUAUUUUCAAUGCUGAAUCUUA